AUGCGGAACCUCUCCUUGGUGGCGUCUGCUUUCCGCACGGACCCUGUUUACCAGAGUUCCCAUUGGCUCUGCGCGCUACCGAAGCGGCCCGCCGGUCGGAGCGUCGCGGCAAUGGGGGCCCAGGCGAUGCUCAAGACCCUGCUUUACACCGUCAACUCCCUGCUGCAGCAGCGCAGAUACCGCGCGGCGCUGGCCGUGCUCAAGGGCUUCCGGAACGGAGCGGUCUAUGGAGCAAAGAUCCGUGCCCCCCAUGCUCUGGUGAUGACCUUUCUCUUCAAGAGUGGAAGUUUAAGAGAGAAACUGAAAGCGAUUGCUCAGGCCACAUACACUCAUUCCCGAAACUUGGCGUAUUUUGUGUUCACUUACAAGGGGCUGAUGGCGCUGCAAUCCCGACUACAGGGAAAGAACUUUCAGUUGCACUCCUUCGUGGCAGCCUGUGUUGGGGGCUGGUUAGUGUUUGGUGAAAACAAUCAUAUCAACAGCCAGAUAAACAUGUACCUGCUGUCUCGUAUUCUGUUUGGCUUGUCCCGACUGGCAGUGGAGAAAGGUUAUAUCCCAGAACCCAAGCAGGACCCUUUCCCGAUCUUUGCUGCUGUGACUUGGGGGAUUGUUCUGUGGCUCUUUGAAUAUCAUCGGCACACUCUCCAACCUUCUCUGCAGUCUUCCAUGACUUACCUGUAUGACGACAGUAAUGUAUGGCACGACAUUUCUGACUUCCUCAUUUAUAACAAAAGCAACGCUCAAAAGUAAUUUGCUAAUGCCCAGCGAUCUUUGAAUAAUGGCUCAUUCCAGCAACAACGGGGAAAGGAUUUUCUGCUGCCCUUGAUUGACGCACUUUUUAUUAUUAGGAUCUGUCCGACAAAUUUCCCUCUUGUUUCUUGGCCAAAAUGUUGUGAGUAACCUAAUGAUCUUUUCUUGACUCUCUAUUGGCCACACAGGGACUCCAUAGAAACCUGUCCCAGUGCCACAACGAGAGCAAAAUGUUCCUGGAUUAAUUUGAUUUCAAAAAGGCUUUUCUACAAGAGACCCUAUGUUCCCUACAUUGUAAUAGUUAAUUACUUUUAAAGAAUGCACUGAUUUUAAACACUGACACCUCGAAAGUAAACUGUGACUAUAGUUUAUAUGACACUGAAACAAAAUAUGCAGUAGGGGACUAAUGGAAUGCUUAUGUGCUAGAAAUGCCUCUCACGACCACUGUGUUAGCAGAGGAAGGAAUGCAUGAUUUCCAGCCAUACCUCUCUAUAUGUUGGGUCUUUUUGUGAGCUGAUAUAUUUAUCUAUCUUCUGCUGUGUCAUGUCAGAAGAAGGUCCUGAUUUCUGUGACGUAUUGGAAAUCCAGACUAAACAAGCUGUUUCUUCAGUGAGUUUUCUGUGCAGUUUGCCACCACGUAGAUAAUAGGAUGUUCACAUUUAAAAGCAUUGGGCUUCUUUGGGACAGACAUGGUACGUCAUGCUUUGAAUCCCCAUUUAUACUCAGUCUUUGUCAUUCCUUUGGAUUAUCUAAUGCAGGGUGUUUCAUUCAUUAUUUCCCCUAUUUAAUUACAGCACCUUUUUAUUUCUGUGCCUUGGACUAUGAAUUCCGUACAGUAGAGAAAACUAACCAAAUCCAUUGUAAUAAGAUUUUUACAAGUGAGGGAUUAAAAAGAGGUUGAGCCCAUCGUGUGCAAAUCCAUGGUGUUACUUUUCCCUCCUGUCCCCUGGAAGGAGAAUAUAUCCGUGUAAAUUGAAGCGAUCAUUGACCUUAGCCAAAAGGUUAAUAUUUUACACUGGACCUAAUCAAGAACGCUCCUUUAAUUGUUCAAACUACUAGAUCAUAUGCUGAAUACUUGAGUUGGACCAGUGAUCAGUAUUUCAUACGAUUCAUGCAUUUAUGGUUUGCGAGAAUUAGUGACUAGUUCUGAUAUUUUUCUGUAUAAAAUCUAUCACUCAAAUAAAAAUCACAAAGUUUCACUUUUUUUUAAUUUCUCAAA